AUGGACCUGUCCAGCAAAAUUGACAUGAGCCUGGGUAGUUACUCUUGCUGACUUCAUUUGGUUUUCUCAGUUACUUAUUCGAGGAUCGUGCUCACGCCGCUCAAGGGUUUUUCGCUUUUCAUGCACAGAACCUUCAUUACCUAUACCUAGGUUCAGGAACCAGGUCGUCUCUCUGCCUAGGGAAUUCUGCCACAUCAUUUGAGCCUCCGCGGCUUUAAUGUUUUUUGACAUUUAUUUCUAGCUUUAAGCCACGCUUCAUGUGUUCUCAUUCCGCGCCUCUAGUCUUCAUGAUCUGCGUUGCGUUGACUUAUCGUCUCGUGCGGAUGUUACAUCUCUAGUAGCAAUUCCGUAUCUAAGCGACAGCGGCUCGCUGCGGGAGUUAUAUGUCUUUGUAUAUAUAUAACUGCCAAAUGUGUCUAACGCAUUGGUCAUGUUCCCGAAGUGUCCUACUGUCCGCGUUAUGACUCGAAGAUGAUGUGAUAAACUAAGCAUUCGAUUCUACGUUACCGCACCCUUACGUCCACACUUUUAUUCCUAAGUAUGCUUUUUAAAUUGGUCUUUGUAGUUUGUGUACUAUCUUAACUCCUGUGCCGCAUCUACUUUCGAAACGUUUGUGGCCAUAAACGAUCGUAUGAGUCGAGUCACAAGUGGACUUCCUCCCCUGUCUAUCGUCCCUCUGUUGUCUGAGCUCUAAUUCCAAACCUUUCUCUGGCUUUUUAGAUACCUUUUAAGUGACAUUACUAUAGACUUAUGCCCUGCCGAGGCUGUCUAUCUAAUUUUUUGCGGUUUUUAUUGGCUAUGUGCGUCGACCAUUUUUAAUGCCGAUUUCGAUUUCUCCCAGAUGAUAUAAUCAAAUCGAACAAAAAGAACAAGCAAACUGCUGUCAACGUCGCAGGAAAGUCAUCGAUGCGUGGGCGCCGCGGUCGUGUGUCGGCUCUGAAGUCGCCACUCCGGAAGGGAUCCGCUCUCAGGCCGAAUCUGGCAGUCACGAUGAAGUCUCGCCAGUCUGCCACAGCCCUCGCCAUCUUUCGGAAGGCACAGCGUACAGCAGCAGCUGCCGCCAAGAUUGCUGCAAGCGCCGCUGCUCUCCUAUCUACGAAGCCGACCCAGAGACGCCUCCCAUCCGCUGGUGAUUACGUAAAACCUUUGAUUUUGAAGUCUGUUCACUUACUGACGCUCGUAGUCCGGAAGUUCUCUGCAUUCUAGUACUGAAUAUGCUGACGAUGGAUCACCUUUCACCAUUCUUAGGUGGAUUGCUAGAAGCGUAGCAGUCGAUUAGUCUUCGAUAGAGAUUUCUUUGUUUGCGUUCCUCCGGAUCCAUAGGAUAAGGUUGAUUAUCACAAAAACGGGAUUAUCCCUAAAUACACUUCCAUUACCAGCAAUGUAAGGACGACAGGCGUUUUGCAUCGUCGAUCACCAUUAUGCCUGCUACGCAGUUUUACCUCAGGAGGCCGCCUUGCUCGGCGCGUUCGUAUUCACAGUUCGGUUCACAGUAGUUCAAAGACAGGCUUUCUUUCCCCCUGUGUACAUGAACUUCGGUAUUUUUUUGCCAUUUACUAAUUAUUUUGGAUGGUGUUUUCAUUCUUCAGAGGAUCGCGGCUCCUAA